AUGGCACGUCUGGUCCUCCAUGUCUUCAUCAUUCUGUGCUUCUCUUUGCUCCACGGCAGCUCCAGCCGUCCAUCUCGCACCAGGAAGGCAGUGUCACCACGAGUUCAUGGGUGUGCGGCUGCAGAGGAAGACGAUGUGAAGUCCCAGCUUGAGAGGUUGUGGCUGGAGGUGAAUUCACUGAAAGAGAUGCAGGCGUUACAGACAGUCUGUCUCAGAGGAAUCAAAGCUCACAGGAAAUGUUACCUGACAAUCGAGGAACCCAAACAUUACCAUGAAGCAAAUGAAGACUGCAUUGCACAAGGAGGGACUCUUGCAACACCCCGGGACAUGAUGGAAAACAAUGACCUGAGAGACUAUGCAAAGAGAAGCGCUCCUGGAUCCAAGGACUUCUGGAUCGGUGUGGCUGACAUAGUGAAAGAGGGCCAGUAUGUUGAUGUCAACAGCAUACCAGUCAGCUACUUAAACUGGGACCGCUCCAAGAAGCAGCCCACGGGAACCAAGAGGGAGAGCUGUGUGGUUCUGUCAGUGGCUGCACAAGGAAAGUGGUACGAUGAGGUGUGUCGCAGCCUCAAAAAGUACAUCUGUGAAUAUGUCAUUCCAUAAAGGAGACAGAUGGUCAUUUAUGAGAGUCAGUCCUUGAAGUUCUGCAAGUAUGUGUUGUCAAAUAUGUGUUAAAACACAAUGGAAACAAGACUUCCCCAUUUGUAAUGAAAUUCAAAUAAAUGUGAGGUACAGAACAGCAUGACAUGUGGGAUAUUCUGGAAACCUAAAGGUAAAAAUGUGUUUUUUGUUACAGCAAUUUCAUUAUGUAAACACACAUUUUGUUCUUUAUGUUUAUGAAUAACCACCAUUUAGUUCCCCAGUUAAUUACCCAGAUCUAACAGCUCAAUUUGCAAUGUGGAUGCAAGUCAAAUAAGUGUUUCAUAUUAACUUGACUGAUGGUUGUUUUCCGGAGCCUGAAACUGAACUAACAAAGCCAUAAAAAAAAGUUUGUAAUUUAAUUUUGGACCAAUGCACGUGGGAGUUACACAACAUAGAUAUGAUCUGUAAUAGACACUGCUUGUACAUCCAACUCUAUUUUUACAAUCCCUGUGAAAAAAAUCAAGCAUGGACAGAAGCAGAUGGUGGGU